CACUGUACAGUGCAGGGCCACGACCCAAUCAACAGCGCCCACCUCACCUCAAACAGCCCGACAGUCCACCACAUCGAGUCCACCGUCGCCGAACGAACCCCAACGUCCGCGCCAACGCCAGCGCCAGCGCCAACGGCUUCACCAGGACGGAGCUUGUUCGCUGCCAAAAGCUACUCCCGGAUACUCCUCUCCACACUCACACAAAAAGAAAUCCGCUGCUGCACCUCACCCUCACCCUUCCCCGUAUCGACCUAUCAACCUUACCUUACCCCAAGGUCCCCAAGAUACCCCGAAAGGUACACACGGUACAAAGUACACGGCACACCAACAAACUUUUGGCAGCGCCACGCAUGUACAAACAGCUGUCGCUCAGGUCCAGACACGCAUAUACACACUCCCGAUAAAUCACCCGGUGAUCACGCGCGGCGAAGCAGAGUAAUCGUCGCCUGUCACCUCUCGAUCUGACAGCAGCACCGGAUCGUCACCUUCCCCCAUCCCACAGCCUUUCGCACAGCAGACCAACAGGCCAACCCGUCGCCGGCAUUUUCCCAUCAGGGUAUCCAAGACAUACGACGCACAGCCCUUGGGCACUAGUUCGCGGGUCGACCAUGAGCUUGAGCUUCCCCUAAGCCGUGUGCGACAUUGUGAAUCACCGCGCACGCCUGCUCCCGACUUGGACGGCCCUUUCCGCCGUCGGAAGACACUUUCGAAAGUUCGCACUCUCUGUGUCAAUACAACCCAUCCUUCCGAGCCCUCCGAGCCCUCCGGCAUCCCUUGCUUUCUCGCCUUGGCACUCGAAAUCAAACCCGCAAACCACAUCCGCAAACCACCUCCCAUCAUGGCCUUCACAUCUCAGUAUCAUAUGCCGGGCGCCUACUUUGACGCACAGCCCGGCGGUGUCCACCCAGGCGUCUUCCGCCCCCCGACCUCUCCCUCCACUGGCUCCUCCUACUGCUUCGCGAGAGCCAACAGCUACCAGUCCGAAGCAAGAACGCCACUGGCCCUUCCAAAACGUAAACGCCGAAACGAUGCCUCGCGCGAGGCCACGCCGCUGCAAGAAUGGUCCGACGGGAACAUGAACCUCGACAGCUCGAACGAACUACCCUCCCACGAGACCCCCUUGCCUAUCCGGGGAGCCCGCUACACCCUGGCCGGCCACCUCGAGACCCCGGGCGCAGCCUCGCACACGCCUUUUGAUAACGGCACGCUCGACGAGAGCAUGUACUCGGACACUGACUACCGCAAGGCACUGGGGUCGAAGCGACCCCACGAGGAGAUGGACUCCCCUGUGCCCGGCCAGCCCACCAUGCUGGUUCAGCCUAGUCAACCCGUCUCGGGAGGCUGGGGCCGCUUUGCGUUCAGCACCAUCGGCGGUGUCGUCGGUAAAGUCUGGGAAUUUUGCAAGACCGGGGCCUUCAGAGGAUUUUCUGCCGGAGGCGGCAAGGCUUACACCAUCGACGGUCAAACUCUUCCUGAGCCUGCACCUGCUUCAUCAACAGGACUUGCUUCCGAGCCCGAGCCUCAGCCCCAAGCAGAACCAUCCGAGAAAAUGGAUGAGAAGUCGAAUGGCUGGGCGCAGGAAAAUGGGCCGCACCUGGACGUACCGACUCCCGACGACAGCACAGUGCCGGGCGGUUUCCCCCGUCCAGAAUACACAUUCCACGCCCACGAGACACCAAACCCGUUUGCCUUCACUCCCGAAUCCACGCCGUCGCGGCCCGCCGUGAAACGCAGGCAGACGAGCGCCGGGAAUCAUGAUGAGCUGCGCAACUGGGUUGUUGUGGACGAUUCGGGAGCUGGUGCCAGACCGGUGUCGAGGGCAUCAAUGCGGCCGUUGUCUCGCAACACGCGCCCAUCCAUGGUGACCGGCCGAAGGAUUAGUGUUCCAAAGCCCCGUCUCAGCUCGAUCCCGAUCCAUAACCGUCGACAAUCUGCGAACCGCGACGAUCUGCCGGCCGACACCGCUCCGUUGUCGUACCGAGAGCCCGCGAGCUUCGCCAAUGUCCGAUCGCCGGAGCCGCCCAGAUCCCUGACCGGUCCAUCGCCUAGUCGGCUCCCGCUCCCCACCCAAUCGGCCGGCUCGAGCCCGAACCCUUUUGCGAAAACGAGCACCUCUGCCCGGCGACAAAGCGGCAUCCCUUCACCCGCGGCACAGUCGGCUUUCAGCCCCCCGGUGCGGUCCCACCGCCGCUCCAACAGUAACGCCUCGGCCGCAUCGCCUCGCGGCAAGCUCAAGGAGUUUGGCGUGGGCUCCAUCCGGGAAAGCCCACGGCUGGACGCCGAAGCCAAGAGGCUGGCGGCGCGGAGAGCCAAGGAUGAACACGACACGGACGCUCGGAUUAAUGAUUUCAACCAACGACUGAAGGAGAUGAUCCGCCAAGGUAGGGAGGCACUGGGCACCAAAAUCGAGGUGGAUGGUGACAUUGGUGGUUGGGAGGACGAUUGAUUGAGCUUUCAUUCUGGUCUUCAUCUGUCUUUUGUGGCGGUUUUUUCUUUUUUUUACACCCACUCCGGGCUGGGUUUGCUGGCGGCAAGGAGUUCACAAAUGUUUUUUUUUUCGCGCGUGAUACCAUCGUCCGCCAUAUAACAUGUGCGCACUCUAGGGCAGCGAGCUUGCUUCUCUUGCCACGGCUCCCGAAAGCUUGGUAUGCGGCAUUUGUCACUUUGACAGCCCUCGUCUCCUAUGCAGCAGUUGGGAGGCAAGUCGAUCAAUACCCGAAUCCAAAAAGAUUCCCCAUUGCUAUCCCAGGGCUUAACUGAUGCUGUUCUCGUCUUGUAUCCUUCGUGUCUUGUGAGUUGUGACGUGACGUGAUGCGAAAGUGUGUUCGCCAAACACUUCCUCAGCGCCCUCACCUCUUCUAAACGUCAUGCUGCGAGAAAAGACUUCCUCUCUUGACUUGGCACUUCCUCGCG